CCCCGGGGGGGCCGUGCCCGGGUCGGGACCCGCCCCGUCCGUCUCAUCCCGGCCCCGCCCGCGCCGGGAGCGGCGGGAAAGGCUGGAAUUCUGAGGGAAAGGCUGGAAUGUCGCGGGAGCCCGAGCGCAGCCCCCCCCACUGCCCCCUGAGGCGCCGCUGCUGCUGCAGGAGCUGCCGAGACCCCCCCGACAGCUCCAUGGAGGACACGCGGGAUGACCCCCACCCCUCCCGCGGCCCCUCGGGGGGGGCUUCCUCGGCCUCGGGGGCCGCGCUGAAGGAGGAGCUGCUGUGCCCCAUCUGCUACGAGCCCUUCCGCGAGGCCGUGACCCUCGGCUGCGGCCACAACUUCUGCCGGGGCUGCGUCCGGCGCUCCUGGGAGCAGCGGCUCCGCUCCUGCCCCGUCUGCAAGGAGACCUCGGCCCGCGACGAGCUGCGCCUCAACCACACCCUCAACAACCUGGUGGGGAUGAUCCUCAAGGAGGAGGAGCGGGAGGGGGAGGAGGAGGAGGGGAGGAAGGCGAAGAGGGCAGCGCUGUGCCCGCUGCACGGCGAGGAGGCGAAGUUCUUCUGCCUGGAGGACAAGGAGCUGGCGUGCGGCUCCUGCCGCAGCUCCGCGGGCCACGAGGGGCACAAGGUGCGGCCCGUGCGGGAGGCGGCGGCGGAUUUCAGGGCCAAGCUGGUGAACAUGGAAUCGUCCCUGCGGGAGAAAGCCAAGGAUUUCGGGGUCGUGCGGCGCUCCUACAAAUCCAUCGCCAAGCACAACAAGACGGAAGCGGAGCGGCUGGAGCGGCAGGUGAAGCGGGAAUUCCGGAAGCUCCAUGAGUUCCUGUGGAACGAGGAGAAGGCUCUGCUGGCCCAGCUGCAGGAGGAGAUCCAGCAGAAGCAGGAGCUGAUCCAGGAGAAGGUGGAGCAGCUGGAGCGGGAGAACCAGGCCCUGCUGGGGGAGGCGCGGCAGCUCCAGGCGGAUCUCAAGCAGGACGACCACACGUUCCUCAUGAGCCACAAGAACCGGAAGCGCAGGAUCGCGUGGACGGCGGAGGAGCCGGAGGCCGUUCCCACGGGAUUGCUCCUGGACGUUCCCAAGUAUUUGGGGUCGCUGCAGUUCAACGUCUGGAAGAAGAUGCUGGGAAGCGUCACCGCCGUCCCGUUCUCCUUCGACCCCGGCUCCGCCGCCGGCUGGCUCAGCGUCUCCGACGACCUCUCCAGCGUCUCCAACCGCGGCUUCCAGCUCUCCGUGGAAAACCCGGAGCGCUUCACCUCGGCCCCCUGCGUCCUGGGAUCCCGCGGCUUCUCCAGCGGCUUCCACGCCUGGGAGGUGGAUCUGGGCGGGAUCGACAACUGGCGGGUCGGGGUGGCCCGGCCCCGGGAGGGGACCCGCUGGAGCUUCCACCACGAUUCCCGCUCCGGCUUCUGGUUCCUGUACCGGCUCCCCGGGAAGGACGAGUGCCGCGCCUCCAACGCCGCCCGCUCGGAGGCGGGAGCGCCGGGAGCGGCCGUCCGGAGGCUGCGGGUGGAGCUGGACUGCGACGAGGGCGAGCUGUCCUUCUACGCCGCCGACCCGCGGCGCCACAUCUACACCUUCCACGAGAAGUUCGGAGGCGCCGUGUUCCCAUAUUUCUACGUGGGGGGGGACGGGGCAGCCCGAGGGGAUUCCCAGGCGGAGGCGCUGCGGAUCUGCCCGCUCCGGGUGCGCGUCCACGAGGAUAUUCCCGACUAAAGGGAGUUCCCAAUUAACGAUAUUCCCAAUUAAGGAUAUUCCCAAUUAAGGGUCCAGGGGUGUCUCCUGUGGGGAUAUUCCGGGAUAGGGGGUGUUACUGUUGGAGUAUCCCGGGAUAGUGGUGUUCCCAUGGGAGUAUUCCAUGGGAGAGACCCCUGAGGAGAUCCCGGUCCAAGGUGGAGAUCCCAGCCCAGGGGUGUCUCCCAUGGGAAUAUUCCGGGCUAGGGGUCUCUCCCGUGGGAAUAUCCAGGCCCAGGGCUCUCUCCCAUUGGAAUAUCCCAAUCCAGGGCUCUCUCCCAUUGGAAUAUCCCAGUCCAGGGCUCUCUCCCAUGGGAAUAUCCCAGCCUAGGGUCGUCUCCUGUGGGGAUAUCCCAUGGGAGAGACCCCUGAGGAGAUCCCGGUCCGGGGAGGAGAUCCUGGUCCUGGAGUCUCUCCCACAGGAAUAUCCCGGCUCAGGGGUCUCUCCCAUGAGGAUAUCCCAGUCUGGGAGUCUCUCCCAUGGGAAUAUCCCACGGGAGAGCCCCCUGUGGAUAUCCGACCCGCGGCGCCACAUCUACACCUUCCACGAGAAGUUCGGAGGCGCCGUGUUCCCCUAUUUCUACGUGGGGGGGGACGGGGCAGCCCGAGGGGAUUCCCAGGCGGAGGCGCUGCGGAUCUGCCCGCUCCGGGUGCGCGUCCACGAGGAUAUUCCCGACUGAGGGGUGUUCCCACUUAAGGGUCCAGGGGUGUCUCCCCUGGGGAUAUCCCGGGAUAGGGGUGUUACUAUUGGAAUAUCCUGGGAUAGGGGUGUUAGUGUUGGAGUAUCCUGGGAUAGGGGUGUUCCCAUGGGAUAUCUCAUGGGAGAGACCCCUGAGAAGAUCCCGAUCCAGGGAGGAGAUCCUGGUCCAGGGGUGUCUCCCAUUGGAAUAUCCAAGCCCAGGGGUCUCUCCAUGGGAAUAUCCCUGGAUAGGGCUGUCUCCUGUGGGGAUAUCCCGGGAUAGGGGUGUUACUAUUGGAGUAUCCUGGGAUAGGGGUGUUCCCAUGGGGAUAUCCCAUGGGAGAGACCCGGGAGGAGAUCCCGGUCCGGGGAGGAGAUCCUGGUCCUGGAGUCUCUCCCACAGGAAUAUCCCAGCCCAGGGGUCUCUCCCAUGAGGAUAUCCCAGUCUGGGAGUCUCUCCCAUGGGAAUAUCCCACGGGAGAGCCCCCUGUGGAUAUCCGACCCGCGGCGCCACAUCUACACCUUCCACGAGAAGUUCGGAGGCGCCGUGUUCCCCUAUUUCUACGUGGGGGGGGACGGGGCAGCCCGAGGGGAUUCCCAGGCGGAGGCGCUGCGGAUCUGCCCGCUCCGGGUGCGCGUCCACGAGGAUAUUCCCGACUGAGGGGUGUUCCCAUGGGGAUAUCCUGGGAUUAGGGGUGUUCCCAUGGGGAUUUCCCGGGAUAGAGGUGUUCCCAUGGGGAUAUCCCAUGGGAGAGACCCCCUGAGGAGAUCCUGGUCCAAGGGUCUCUCCCAUGGGAAUAUCCCAGCCUAGGGGUGUCUCCCAUGGGAUAUCCCGGGAUAGGGGUGUCUCCCAGGGGGCUGUCCCAGGAUAAGGGUGUUCCCAUGGGGAUAUCCUAGGAUAGGGGUGACUCCUGUGGAGCUAUCCCAGGAUAGGGGUGUUCCCAUGGGGAUAUCCCAGGAUAGGGGUGUUCCCAUGGGAGUAUUCCAUGGGAGAGACCCCUGAGGAGAUCCUGGUCCAGGGGUCUGUCCAUGGGAAUAUCCCAGUCCAGGGGUCUCUCCCGUGGGGAUAUCCCAGGAUAGGGGUGUCUCCCAUAGGGCUAUCCCGGGAUAGGGGUCUCUCCUGUGGGGAUAUCCCAGGCUAGGGGUGUCUCCCCUGGGGAUAUCCCGGGAUAGGGGGUGUUACUGUUGGAGUAUCCCAGGAUAGGGUGUCUCCCCUGGGGAUAUCCCAGGAUAGGGGUGUUACUGUUGGAAUACCCUGGGAUAGGGGUGUUCCCAUGGUGAUAUCCCAUGGGAGAGACCCCUGAGGAGAUCCCAGUCCAGGGAGGAGAUCCUGGUCUUAGGGUGUCUCCCAUUGGAAUAUCUCAGGCUAGGGUUGUCUCCCAUGGGAAUAUCCCAGCCCAGGGGUGUCUCCCAUGGGAAUAUCCCGGGAUAGGGGUGUUCCCAUGGGGAUAUCCCAUGGGAGAGACCCCCUGAGGAGAUCCUGGUCCAAGGGUCUCUCCCAUGGGAAUAUCCCAGCCUAGGGGUGUCUCCCAUGGGAUAUCCCGGGAUAGGGGUGUCUCCCAGGGGGCUGUCCCAGGAUAAGGGUGUUCCCAUGGGGAUAUCCUAGGAUAGGGGUGACUCCUGUGGAGAUAUCCCAGGAUAGGGGUGUUCCCAUGGGGAUAUCCCAGGAUAAGGGUGUUCCCAUGGGAGUAUUCCAUGGGAGAGACCCCUGAGGAGAUCCUGGUCCAGGGGUCUCUCCAUGGGAAUAUCCCAGCCCAGGGGUGUCUCCCAUUGGAAUAUCCCAGCCCAGGGGUCUCUCCCAUUGGAAUAUCCCACUCCAGGGGUGUCUCCCAUUGGAAUAUCCCAGCCCAGGGGUCUCUCCCAUUGGAAUAUCCCACUCCAGGGGUGUCUCCCAUUGGAAUAUCCCAGCCCAGGGGUGUCUCCCAUGGGAAUAUCCCAGUCCAGGGGUCUCUCCCAAUGGAAUAUCCCAGUCCAGGGGUCUCUCCCGUGGGGAUAUCCCAGGAUAGGGGUGUCUCCCAUAGGGCUAUCCCGGGAUAGGGGUCUCUCCUGUGGGGAUAUCCCAGGCUAGGGGUGUCUCCCCUGGGGAUAUCCCGGGAUAGGGGGUGUUACUGUUGGAGUAUCCCAGGAUAGUGGUGUUCCCGUGGGGGUAUUCCAUGGGAGAGACCCCUGAGGAGAUCCCAGUCCAGGGAGGAGAUCCUGGUCCAGGGGUGUCUCCCAUUGGAAUAUCUCAGGCUAGGGUUGUCUCCCAUGGGAAUAUCCCAGCCCAGGGGUGUCUCCCAUGGGAAUAUCCCAGUCCAGGGGUCUCUCCCGUGGGGAUAUCCCAGGAUAGGGGUGUCUCCCAUAGGGCUAUCCCGGGAUAGGGGUCUCUCCUGUGGGGAUAUCCCAGGCUAGGGGUGUCUCCCCUGGGGAUAUCCCGGGAUAGGGGGUGUUACUGUUGGAGUAUCCCAGGAUAGUGGUGUUCCCGUGGGGGUAUUCCAUGGGAGAGACCCCUGAGGAGAUCCCGGUCCAAGGUGGAGAUCCCAGCCCAGGGGUGCCUCCCAUGGGAAUAUCCCACUCCAGGGGUGUCUCCCGGGAUAGGGGUCUCUCCUGUGGGGAUAUCCCGGGAUAGGGGUCUCUCCUGUGGGGAUAUCCCAUGGGGAUAUUCCAUGGGGAAGACCCUUGAGGAGAUCCCAGUCUGGGGAGGAGAAUCCCAGUCCUGGGGUCUGUCCCAUGGGAAUAUCCCACUCCAGGGGUCUCUCCCAUUGGAAUAUCCCACUCCAGGGGUGUCUCCCAUGGGAAUAUCCCAGCCCAGGGGUCUCUCCCAUUGGAAUAUCCCACUCCAUGGGUGUCUCCCAUUGGAAUAUCCCACUCCAUGGGUGUCUCCCAUUGGAAUAUCCCAGCUCAGGGGUCUCUCCCACCUCCCUCCAUCCCAGUCGGGCUUUUCCAGGUGCUUUUCCAGCUUUUUUUUCCUCAGAG